AGGCCGCAUCUUGUCAGGAAUGGGGCAACGGGGCAACGGUCCUCGGAUGGUUCCGAAGAAUGCUUGCUCCCCGACUCCUUUCAAGCAUUGCGCACCUCUCACAACGAACUUGUGGCGUGGAAUCGCUACAUUAAUGCCCCAUUCUUUGAUUCAGAUGGGAUUUGGCAGAACACGUCCCUACGACUAACUAGCUUCAUGUAAAUAUGCGAAUUUCAAUAGGCCCCUCUGUUCCUUCUAAACUUCUAGGGAAAGAUUUUCUCCCCAGAUCUUUGGCGCCAUGGUUAGGAUAUUAAACCCUUGUCAGGGUACCUGAUACCUCUCUGUUGUGAUUGUAACCUGAUAAACGUUUUUACAGUGGCAACAUGGCUCCCCAGUACAGUCCAUCUAUACACAUUCGUACUGCGGGUCCAGAGGAAGCAGGACAGCAGACUUUUGUCAUUGCUUGCUCCUUAACUGGCACUGGCGUCUUUUUGACCAUCGUCGUUUUUAUAUUUGGCUAUAUCUGGCACUGUCAGAUGGGAAGCCGAAGAUCCAGGCUAUUGUCGCGUCUCAAGCCAUCACGGAAAGCAACUCGGCCCAGUGCUGAAUAUAAUAAUGAUCGAGAUUAUGAGUUACCUAACCAGAUCACCAAGCCGUCGCCAUGCGCGUUUCCCUUGAAAUUAAAACAGCCGGAAACCAUGCCUCCUCCUCCUCCUCCGCUUCCACCUCCUCGAUACCUCCAACCGCUAAACCCGCCCAGUUUCCAUAACCGAUCGCUCCCUGGCUUUCAGUGGAAACGAAAAUGCCCGCCUAAGCUUGAGCCCUUACCAGAGACAGAGUCCUUUACACAUACCACUGUCCGCAGAUUUGACAGAACUUCGAAUCAAUUGUCUGCUUUCGAACAAAAGGAGUACGGCCCUGUGGAGUUUCGUGGUUCUCUUGAUGAGCUAUCGACAAUAUCAAAUCACGUCAAUAUAUCAACAGGUCUGACACGAACCGUACUAGCCCAUACAUAUUCGGAUGACGGCUCUCAUUUCAUGGACAAUGCCAUACCAAGCCCGUCCCUCUAUUUCUCGGCCAGCAUUGAUGUCGAAUCUUUGAUGUUCCCUUCAGAGACCAAUAAGACGGAAUCCUGUUUAUUAUCAAGGUCAAGGACAAAGAGCAGCAGCAUAAUCCUACUGCCGGGAAGUAGUCCCGAUUCCAAACAAAAUUCAGUCGGGAGCAGCAAGCCCUUGCGAGUAACUCCAUCAAUCAUCUCCCGCUGGAGGUGGGUCCGAGAAAUGACAGAAUAUCAGAACGAAGAACCAUGCCCUUCAGAAUGCCCAACAUCGCCUGUCUGGUCGGACGGUACUGAACAGUCUUCGAAUUGACGAG